CUUGAACGGGGGGCGGAUGCGGUACAGUCAGGACCUUAGGUAUGUGCAACAACCAGGGCCCUGCCGAUCAACAACCAUGCACAUCAUGGCAACAUGCCAAGCCACGCGGUUCCAGUCAUUGCGAUAUCUCAGACACUGCUCCAGACAAUAAGCGGAACUUCCUAUAUUCAUCAUCCUAUCUCAAUUAGAAUCCACUGGUAAUCCGCCCACAACUAUCUCCUGUCAAUAUUUGUCCCUAUCCCUCGAUCUCAAGGAUGAUGGCUGGUCUACAGGCGGCGAAGAAGGACCUCCGGCGGAGAAUGCGGGAUGCGCUGCACAAGAUCCCCGCCGACUCCAUCACAAAUCAAUCCAGAGUCGCCGCCAACAGGCUGUUUGCUCUUCAGGAAUACCAGGAUGCGAGGAGGAUAGGGGUUUAUCUCUCCAUGCCGGCAGGGGAAUUAUCCACCACGGCCAUCGUUCGGGAUGCUCUGGCAAGUGGUAAGGAGGUCUUCGUGCCCUACAUACACAAGCUAGAGUUAUCGGAACAGUCGAGGACCUCCGUUAUGGACAUGCUCAAGUUAGAGUCGAUGGAAGAAUUCGAGGCUCUCCAGCCCGACAAAUGGGGGAUUCCGUCGCUGCCCGAGGUCCAAGUACUCAGGAAGAUGAAUUGCUUUGGGGGCAAAGGAGUCUCGCCCCAGCCAGAAGACGCUACAAAAGGACCUUACGGGCUCGACUUGAUUGUGAUGCCAGGAAUGGCAUUUGAUGAAGGGCUCAGGAGAUUAGGGCAUGGUAAAGGCUAUUAUGAUCAUUUUCUGACAAGGUAUUCAAGAGAGGGGGCUGCAGGUGGGUCAACAAAGCCGAAGUUGCCCUUCCUUGUUGCCCUAUCUCUCAAGGAGCAAAUGCUUCCCCCGACCGAAGAGAUACCGGUAGCGGAUCAUGACUGGCCUGUAGACAUGCUCAUCGUCGGUGAUGACCGGUCUCUGGUGCGCCAACACUGAUUUUCCGGGAAAGCGAGUCAUAUCGAUCCAUAGGUUCGUCUAUUUUGCUAGAAAUGCAAUAUUUGUUUCCCAGCGACAU